UGGUGGGCGCCCGGUAAUUAACACUGGCUUUUCUUCCUUUGCAAGGUACGGACAUUGUGGCGGGAGAAGAAGUUGCCAUCAAGCUUGAAUGUGUCAAAACCAAACACCCUCAGCUCCACAUCGAGAGCAAAAUCUACAAAAUGAUGCAGGGAGGAGUGGGCAUCCCCACCAUCCGGUGGUGCGGGGCGGAGGGGGACUACAACGUCAUGGUGAUGGAGCUGCUGGGGCCCAGCCUGGAAGACCUCUUCAACUUCUGCUCGAGGAAGUUCAGUCUCAAGACUGUCCUGCUGCUGGCCGACCAGAUGAUCAGUCGGAUCGAAUACAUUCACUCGAAGAACUUCAUCCACCGCGACGUGAAGCCAGAUAACUUCCUCAUGGGGCUGGGGAAGAAGGGCAACCUGGUCUACAUCAUAGACUUCGGCCUGGCCAAGAAGUACCGGGACGCCAGGACCCACCAGCACAUCCCCUACCGUGAGAACAAAAACCUCACCGGGACGGCGCGGUACGCCUCCAUCAACACGCACCUUGGAAUCGAACAAUCUCGAAGGGACGACCUGGAGUCGCUGGGCUAUGUGCUCAUGUACUUCAACCUGGGCUCCCUGCCCUGGCAGGGGCUGAAGGCUGCCACCAAGAGGCAGAAAUACGAGCGCAUCAGUGAGAAGAAGAUGUCCACACCCAUCGAAGUGCUGUGCAAAGGCUACCCCUCCGAGUUUGCCACGUACCUGAAUUUCUGCCGUUCGUUGCGUUUUGAUGACAAGCCUGACUACUCGUACCUGAGACAGCUCUUCAGGAACCUGUUCCAUCGCCAGGGCUUCUCCUACGACUACGUGUUCGACUGGAACAUGCUCAAGUUUGGUGCCAGCCGGGCUGCUGACGAUGCGGAGCGGGAACGCCGGGACCGCGAGGAGCGGUUGAGACACUCCCGAAACCCAGCCACACGGGGGCUCCCUUCCACAGCCUCGGGCCGGCUGCGGGGAGCACAAGAAGUGGCUGCUCCCACCCCCCUCACCCCUACCUCACACACUGCUAACACCUCUCCUCGGCCCGUGUCCGGCAUGGAAAGAGAGCGGAAAGUGAGUAUGCGGCUGCACCGUGGCGCCCCCGUCAACAUCUCCUCGUCGGAUCUUACGGGCCGACAAGAUACCUCCCGCAUGUCCACCUCACAGAAUAGCAUUCCUUUCGAACACCACGGCAAGUAGCUGCACGUCUCCCGGUGGAAGGCAGCACUGGAUUCCCGGUCGGGUGGCUUCCAGUGGUCUUCAGUCUGUCGUGCACCGAUGAGAACUCCUUUUUGCUGUGAAGGGCAGACAAUGCAUGGCUGAUCUCCUCUGUUACAUGGCUUUACUAGUGACGCUCCCCGGGCUAGGACACCGGGCGCUCUCCAGGCCACCCACCCAGCAACGCCCGUGGGGAAACCAAACAGACUAACCGGACAGACUCCAAGCGCUGCCACCGCCGGGCUCCACUGAGGCCCACGUGGACAUUGUCCGGGGCUGGGAAGACGGCCGCCUGAGUGCGAGACACUUGAGACAACAGACUCCCGAUGCAGAGCCUUUCGGUCCUCCCUGCCGCGGUGGCGCCCGCGAUCCCUGAUGAGUCUGCUGUAACCACCAUCUUCUACUUGGUUCUGACAGUUUUGUAUCAUUUUGCUAAAAAUUACUGGCUUAAAUCUGUGUAAAGAAAUCUUUUUAUUGUUCUUGUCUGUUUCUGCGGUCUUAAAAAAGAUGACCUCAAAGUGUCCCGCCUCAGACACCGGCGUGGAGUUCUGUAGACCAAGGUGGGCGCGGGCACCCUGCUGCCGGCGAUGUUUCCUGCUUCUGUUUGGUGUAGUCCACUGUAGGGGGGUGUUCUCCCGGAAAUUGUCACGUGUACACGUGUGUAACAUGUCUGUGCGUGUGUUGUGUGCUGUGUUCUGUGACCUCUCCUGGUUUUGGCCAUCACUCCCUCCCACCGUAACUGAGCCGCCAGGACUCGAGUCGUCAGAGCCAUUAGAGAGCAAGGGCGUCGUGGUGCUUCUGGCGGAGCCGAGCACCGAUCCCACCUUCCCAGACGCGGCAGCGGACGCCAGGUGCCUAGGACCCAGUGCCCAAGACUCGGAGGCGGAGGCCGCGCCGGGCGCUCCUGGGUUGUGUGCGGUUACUUUGCUGGUGGUUGUUGCCUCAAUGCCUUUGGAUUUGGGGGCAUUUUCUAGACAGACUGUAAAUAUUAGCAGUGCAGAAUGGCCCUUAACGUGUGCUAACAUCUGUCCACCUGGGGUGCAGGUUUGCCCAGAAAGAGGCCGGCCCAAGGGAGCCCCCUCUCAAGUGCCCAGAAGCAAGUGAUCCGUGACCUGAGGCCCAGGAGGGUGUGUCCUGCUUUCUGAACCCAGAGGACGGAAGCAGGCAGGGCCGGCCUCAUUCUCGCCAGAAAGACACUCAGGGGGCCGGGCUCCCCGUGGCCCCUUCCCAAGGCCCCAGGCGGUGGCAGAGUAGACAGGAGCCCCGUCUCGGAAUGGGGUCCAAUGCAAACAUUCGUAGGUACUUGUACUCCCUGUCCCCCCUGCAGAGGUGUGGGAAACGGGGAGCUCGUAGGACGCUAUUAGCCUUUAAAGGUGUACAGGUCCAUGUCCCUCCUGCCCCAAGUCCUGGGAUGCCCGGCGUGGGUGGGUGCACCGACGCACAGCUGGCCGCCCUGCAGGCGCUGGGGGACGUGGCCGGGGCGGGGGAGUCAGGGCAGGGGGCUUUCCUCCGGAGGUGUGAGCCGCGGCACCCCACCCAAGCCCUCCCACUGGCCGCGGACAGUGUCGCAUCCAUCGCCCCCACACGAGCCAGUGUCUGCAGCCCGUGUGGGUGGUGUCUGACCUGUGCAUUUGUGUGACCACUGUAUUUGUGUACUUACCACACCAUGUAAAUAAUAAAUAUAUGACGUCUACCUUUC